AUGAUAUAUCUCAACUGGUAUCACAAAUAUUUGCCAAUCAUUUUUGGCGUGUUGAGUUACAUCGUCAACCCAUUGUUCAUCUAUUUGGUCCUCACCAAAUCCAGCAAACAUAUGGGGAAAUAUCGAUUUUUGUUGAUUGGCUUUGCGGUUUUUGACAUCUUUUAUUCAAUUGCAGAAAUGUUGACACCUAUUGCUGUGAUAAACACAGGAUAUGGGUUUGCGACUUUCAUCACUGAUGGCUUUUUCACUGAAAAUGCAAACUACGCUAUUUCAUCUCGAUGCACGUUUAUCGCGAUCAGCUAUGCACUUCUCAUCAUCCAUUUUGUAUAUAGGUAUUUCAUCUUGUUUCACCCUCAUCUCGUGGAUAAGAUGCUUCAACCUCUUGGAGUUUUUGCUAUGAUUGCUCUCACAGCUGCCCACGGAGCAUCGUGGACUUGGCUCUGCGACUGGUGUUUGGCACCAAAUGAAGAGAUCAGGGAUAUCGUCCGGCCUGCAUUCAAGGAGGUACACCAUGUCAACUCGGAUAAUAUAUCCCUGCUCACUGGGCAAUAUAGGAAUGCCAGCAAUUUUGUUGUCUACAAAAGUUGGUUCGGUAUCUUAUCACUCACCCUAUUUUCAUGCUACUGCAUGAGUGUAUAUCUAGUUCUUGGAUAUAAGAUUAUGAAGAAAAUGAAUCAAAAUACCAACAUGAGCACAAUUAGUGCAACACUAAACCGGCAACUUUUCAAGGCGCUGGUUGCCCAAACAUGUAUCCCAAUGUUCGCCAGUUUUCUACCAACUGUCAUUGCCUGGUAUGCGCCGAUGUUUUUGAUUAAUGUUACGUGGUGGAACAACUAUAUCUGCAAUGUUGCUUUAUCUGCUUUUCCGUUGAUCGACCCCGUGGUGGUGAUCUACUUUAUUCCAAACUACAAAAAUACACUUCUUGUAUGGUUCCGAUUGAAGAAGCCCACAGUAACUGCAACAUCGACUUCGAUGUUCUCUAUACCAACACUGUAA